AAUGGAACGUAGCAUGCCCAUGUAGCAGAGUUUCCAUGUAGGAGCGGGGCAUUGCAUCGGCAUAUUCUAAUGUUGUCCGAGGAAAGAGAGCUCAAGAAAGGAAAGCAGCUUCGGAGUUUCCAAACGUUCGACCCCGACCCGAUCUUCAAGAAGCAGAGUGGGGGAGAGAGAAAGAGAGAGAGAGAGAGAGAGAGAGAGAGAGAAUUCAACCUCUUCAGGUAGGAGGGAGAAUCCGGGGAUAGCAAGAGAACAGCGAAUAGCAUCUCAUCGUCAUCCCCGUAGGAGAAAAGGAAAAAAGGGUUGUCUCCGAUUUUGUCAUCUCUUUCGACAUCGUACUUUUCUCGAGAUCUUCGAAAAUCCUCUGACCUUCAUCGGUCGUGUCGAGUUGUUGUUGCUGUAGUGACAGAGUUGCUUCUGCUGUGAUGGAGUUGCUGCUGCUGUUUUGAGUGCGUCUGCUUUAGCCUUGUAGCUGUGAUGAGCCAUUGCGCUGUUGCCCGGAUUAUCAAGCCUGCAUUACUGCUGCUAAAUCAGCCUGAGAAUCGCCUUUACAAUGCUCUCAUUGACUCACUCUAGCCCAGCUGUGGUCUGUUAUUACGAUUUAGAGUGUGCAGCUUUGUCCUAUCAAAGGCAUCCUUGACAUUACCGGAUUUGUUAUGUCAAAUUCCAGACCACCUAGUACCAGAAAUUUGACAUACUCUGGAAAGCAUGUUUUCCUGCCUCCAAAAAGCCCAUUCCCCGGCCUUUCGCCUUCAUAUGUUGAUUAUAUUCCUAACCCUCCAAUCGGAUCUAAAGCAGUGCAAAGGCCCGGGGAGGGGUAUACCCGCCACCAACGAACGUCAUCUGAGAGUUUUCUCAUGGAGGAUCAACCCUCAUGGCUUGAUGAUUUACUUGAUGAACCUGAAACUCCUGUACGUAGGGGAGGCCAUAGACGCUCAUCAAGUGACUCUUUUGCAUACAUAGAUGUAGCUAAGUUUUCUGAUCCAGACCAUGCAGCUCAUGAUGAGCACAAGUACAGAAAUGUGUUUUCAGCGCCCUAUUGGGGAACUCAAGAAAUGGAUCAUCAAAGAGGUGGUCAGCAUGCAUAUUUUGUUGCUGACCAAAACCAUGUGAAGCAGAAGAAUAGGGUGUGGGAGUCAUCUCGCAAUGUUGCAACUCCCCCUGGUGCCCCACCUGUGGCUGGAGGUGAUGUUGCUACUCAAAAUUCUGCACUGAUAUGUGUAUCCCAAGAAGUGGAGAAGUAUCCCUCCAUGGUAAAUGGGAAGCAAGACCAAGUUGAAUCUGUAAUUGAUUUAAAGGCUUCAUCUGAAAGGAAAGAUGCCUCUCGUGCUAAGCCAACUUCAACUGAGACAGAUACUAAACGGGCAAAGCAGCAAUUUGCACAGCGUUCACGGGUCCGGAAACUUCAGUACAUAGCCGAGUUGGAAAGAAAUGUGCAAGCUUUGCAGGUAGAAGGUUCUGAGUUUUCCGCAGAGGUUGAAUUUCUCAACCAGCGACACCUUAUCUUGAACAUGGAGAAUAAUGCCCUCAAACAACGGUUGGAAAGUUUAGCUCAAGAGCAGUUGAUAAAAUGCUUUGAGCAUGAGGUUUUAGAGCGGGAAAUAGGAAGAUUGAGGGCCAUGUACCAGCAACAGCAGAAUCAACAGCAGCAGCAACAACCAUCUUCUGGCCUUCAACGCAGCAGCAGCCGCAGCACCAGCACCAGCACCAGCAAAGGCCUUGAUGCCCAGUUUGCAAACCUCUCGUUGAAACACAAGGAUGCUACUUCCAGGCAUGACACUACGAGUGGACCUCUUCGUACUUAGUUGCAUGAUGCAACACCUGUGGGCGAUGGUGCCAUCUUUUGUUGGAGCCUCUGUCCCUUGUCUUUGCUCGUUUGGCCAUCUAUAUCUUCUCCGUCUCACCUUUUGUCAUAAUCGAUAUUUGGUGCACCUGGUUAUCAUUGCCGAUAGUCCUGUUGCCGGCAUGUGAUAUACCUGAGGUGGGUCUCGCCCUUACAGUAUGUUGCUGCUCACAUCUUAGAAUCUAUUUGCCAAGUGGUUUCUAGCCAUAGAGUUGUCCGACCACCUAAUAAUACUCAAGGCAUUGGUAAAGUUUUUCGUAUUCUGUUUUUUUAUCUGCCUCUCCAGCGCUAGGCUGGGCAUUACUUUGGAAUGCUUUGCGAGAAGAAGAUUACCAUUUGGAUGUAUUAAUUGUUAUUAUUUGCUCAAACCAGUUCGGCUCCAUUGUACAAAAACUGAUGGUGCCGUACGAGCAUGUCCUUUGAUGAUUUCUCAGUGAUUGUUGAGAGGAACAAGUGGAACUUCAUGUAAGUUCACGAUCAUGUCGUGGCCAAUGAAUGCUACGAGGAGGCAAAUAGUACAUGCCCUUAA